AUGACGAAGACGAAGCGUUUCUUGUUGGCUGGUUUUCCUGCGCUUUUCUUCUCAGUGGUUUGUGAAUUCCGAUCACAGACGUUCGACUUGCCUUCUUUGCUUAUUCAUACCGACCACAUUUAUUUGUUGCGCAAGCUCCCGACAAAUUUGUUAUGUCAGCUCAGCCCAGGAUGGAGUGAGGCCAGAUUCGACAGUAUUCGUUGGUUAAAAGAUGGUGAAGAUCUUAGCGAGCUAGUUCAUAAGGCCGAGAACAAAGAUGUUGCAAUCAAUGGAUCAUCGCUCGUAAUUUUCGGUGGCAAGCAACUAAUGGAAGGAGAGUAUCAGUGUGUUGCAGAUGUAUCUGAGGUUCGACUUUCCAACCGACAAGUAAUAAAGACAACCCUGGUUUCUGAUCCUAUAAAACUUCGAAGAGCGCGGAUCACAAAGUUCGAUCAGACUACUAACCAUUACGUGCACGUUGAGCAGGGUCAAGUAGCUCGCUUGCCUUGUGCCGGUCUACCAGAUGUUAUUCCGGGACCUGCUGAAAUCUGUUUCAUUAAAAGCAAUUCGGACUUCGAAGGAUGUUUGAGUGAUAAAGGUAACAUGUACAGGAUGGCGGCAAGAGUGGCAGCGAGUAGCCAGGAGAAGACAUGGUCUAUAAAUCUGGCCCAUAAAGUGGCUAUAUGUAAUGGGUACCCAACUAGAGAUGGUGCUGCUCGACAAGCGCGACAUCCCUCUCGAAGAUCCUACGUAGUGGACGGCCCAGAAAAGAUCCCGCGUGUGUGUGUGGUGUAG